UCUCUGCCAUCCGUGCCGAAACACUCCCUGCAACAUUUAGGGCUUCUGUUUAAUCUCAAACCUCUUUUGGCUUUUGCUCACAAAUCAAUCACAACAAUUCUUACAUCAAAACACAUAUGCAACCACCAAACGUAUUCCAAAUUGGUUCCAAUUCAGUAAUAGUAACAACCAGAAUUUGAAUAUAUUUGUUUGUUUCCGCUAUUAUCAAGUUCAGUAUGAUGAUCUCUUCCCUCCUUCCGUCUUCGCCUGUGAAUGCGAUUAAGCUCAUUAAUCUUCGUGUUUUUGGGCCUGGUUUGAGUCCUUUUGCUCCGUACAACUUGGCUAAUCAUUCCUCUCGCUAAAGCCCUCCUCUUUUUUUGAUAUUUUCUUUUCUUGGUUCUUUUUUUUUCCAUUCAAUCAUGUAAAUUUGAAGAAAUUGUUACCUUUUUGGGAUCUUACUUACUCGAGAUUCUUCUGGUUUUUUCGCGAAAUUGAAAAAAUAAUACCAACUGCAUUGGAAAGAUUAGAACUUGUUGAUUGUGAGGGAAUUUUUGGUAUUUCGUGUAAAGGUUUCUACCUUGGAGUUUGGUUUAAUUAAGGGGAAAAUAAGAAGAAAGGAAAAUGCAAGGAGGAGGAUUGAGGUAUAGGAGGUUGGAUAUGAGUGGAGGUGAUAUGGAUGAUCGAGGUUGGACUCCUCUUCAUAUUGUUGCUCGUAAAGGUGAUCUGAAAGAGGUCAAGAGACUUCUUAGUGAAGGCAUGGAUGCAAAUGUGACUGCAGGGGGGCCUAAAUCACUUGGUGUCACUCCACUCCAUCUUGCUGCUAAGGGUGGUCACCUCCGAGUUAUGGAUGAAUUGCUUGAGAGAGGUGCCGAUAUUGACGCACGAACUAAGGGUGUCUGUGGAUGGACUCCACUCCAUCAUGCAGCUAAAGAACGAAAGAGGAAAGCAAUCAGAUUCUUGAUUAAAAAUGGUGCAUUCUUGCCGGAUAACAUACAUGAUACCAGGUUCAAUCCUCCACUCCACUAUUGUCCUGGUCUCGAAUGGGCUUACGAGGAGAUGAAGCUGCUACAACUAGAGGGUUCAUCAUCUGGUGAGGCCUCUUACAGCUCGGGAAGCUGAAGUGCAAUGGUAGCAUUUGUUAUUCGUUGCAUGUUCCACGAGGAAGAAAUGUUGAUAGCAUAGAUAUGCAACAGUUGGAUUUGGAGUCUUGAAUAUAUGGUUUUUUUUGGUCGA